GGCCCCACACGUAUUAACAGCCGAGCGUCCACCCAACGCCGAUGCUCCCGCGUGAUCCAGUAAUCCGAUCCCUUCUCUGUCCUUCCCUUUCCCCCCUCCCUUAACGCGUAUAAUCACAUCCCCGCUGCGUCUCAUGUUAUCUAUCUGACUAUCUCUCAGCACUCCCCUUUCUAUAAUUGAACUCCUCCCACAUACGAAUUAAUCCGUUCACCACACGAUCCUGAACUCCUCCGUUCACCUCCUCGAUCCCUUUCUCCGUGUUCUAGCUAGCUAGUUACUUAAUUCUUCAUGGGCAACUACGUCUCCUGCAGCCUCCGUGCAAUCCCAGGAGAAGCCCGCCCCGCCACGAAGGUUAUCCUGCCCGACGGGUGCGUCCGCCGAGUCGACGGACGCGCUGCCGCCGCCGAGCUGAUGCUGGACGCGCCGGGCCACUUCCUCGCCGACGUACGGGCCAUGCAGGUCGGCCGGCGGCUCGCCGCGCUGGCGGCCGAUGAGGACCUCGAGAUCGGCCACGUCUACGUGAUGCUGCCCAUGAAGAGGCUCAACGCCGUUGUCGGCGCCCCCGACAUGGCGCGACUGCUUCUGGCGGCCGACAUGGAGGCGCGCCGCGCCUCCGGCGGGAGUGCGAGGGUUCUUCCGGGGUCUCCGCCCCAGGAGGAGGCGACGACGACGACGGCAAUGAGAGCGAAAGUGGACUACGAGACCGAUGAUUCGAUUGCCGCGGGGGAGAUGAAGUACAGGAUGAGCGCGAGCCGGUCGAGGAGGCCGACGUUGGAGACUAUAGAAGAGGAGAGCUUCUCCUUAAUUUCCCUCUAGAUAUAUAAUUUCGGGAAAGAAAAAGUGUGUUACGUUUAAAAAUUAAUUAUAUAUACGCUAUUUUCAUUGCCUCCUUUUCAUGUGUUUUGAUGAGUGACAAAGGGGAGAAUUCUUUUCUUUUUAUUUAUUUCUUUUAAAUUUUUUGGUUUGUUGAAGCCGAUCGUGUGGUACGAGUUAAAAACCGGGGGAUCAUGUGUUUUAUAUUUUGUUUUGUAUUAUCUCCUUUUCUUUUUCUUUUUUUUUUUUUGUGCAUGUGUAAAAUUAAGCAUAGUGAUAAAUGAUCACCCUCUAUAUAAAAAAAAGAUAUGUAUAUUUGAUGUGACUUA